CGCUUGCCUGCCGCUGCCGGUGUCGUCGCACGCAAUGACCGCCAGCCAGCGUCCAAUCCGAACCGGAACAAAUCCAAAUACAAACGCAAAAUCGGUAGCGUGCGUUCGCUUUCCCCAAACGUGACCCGAGCGGCAGAGAGAUAGAGAGAGGAGAGAGAAGCCGCCAUGGAGCAGCAGCAGCUUCCUCCCGCUUGCCCAAUCCGUUAAAUUCUUGCUCCCUCACGAAACCCACCCGGUUUUUCUUCUCUCGCUCGGUCGCUUCCCCACCAGAUCAGAGAUUCCGUUUGGGGCGUUGGCGUUUUCGUGACCGAAGGCGACCACGCGGAGCUUGAUGCCUCAGGGGCGGCGGCUUCCCCCCGUCGUUUGAUGGGCAACGCAUGCGGCGGCUCCCUUAGAUCCAAGUACCUGUACAGCCUCAAGCACGCCACGUCGCAGCGCCACGACCCCGACUACAGCGCCGUCGACGACUCGCCGAAGAAGCCCUCCCGCCCGCCCAAGCCGCCCGCCACCACGGACGCCCACGGGAACCACGCGCCGGCGCCGCCCGCUGCCGCCAUGAGGCGCGGCGGGGCGAGCGCGCCCCCGGUACUCGUCUCGGUGCUCGGCCACCCCACCCCCAACCUACGCGACCUCUACUUGCUCGGGAGGAAGCUCGGGCAGGGGCAGUUCGGCACCACCUACCUCUGCACCGAGCUCGCCACGGGGACCGAGUACGCCUGCAAGUCCAUCUCCAAGCGCAAGCUCAUCUCCAGGGAGGACAUUGAGGACGUGCGCCGUGAGAUCCAGAUCAUGCACCACCUCUCCGGCCACAAAAACGUCGUCGCCAUCAAGGGCGCGUACGAGGACCAGCUCUACGUGCACAUCGUUAUGGAGCUCUGCGCCGGUGGCGAGCUCUUCGACCGCAUCAUACAACGCGGCCACUACAGCGAGCGCAAGGCCGCCGAGCUCACGCGGAUCAUCGUCGGGGUCGUCGAGGCCUGCCACUCGCUCGGUGUCAUGCACCGGGACCUCAAGCCCGAGAACUUCCUGCUCGCCAACAAGGACGAUGACCUCUCGCUCAAGGCCAUCGAUUUCGGACUCUCGGUCUUCUUCAAGCCUGGUCAAGUUUUUACCGAUGUUGUUGGUAGCCCAUAUUAUGUAGCUCCAGAAGUUUUGUGCAAAAGCUAUGGACCAGCAGCCGAUGUAUGGACAGCUGGUGUAAUUCUCUACAUCCUACUAAGUGGUGUACCCCCAUUUUGGGCAGAAACACAGCAAGGAAUAUUUGAUGCUGUAUUGAAAGGUGUCAUUGAUUUUGAUUCUGAUCCCUGGCCUGUGAUAUCUGAUAGUGCAAAAGAUCUUAUAAGAAGAAUGCUUAAUCUUCGCCCUGCGGAACGCUUAACAGCACAUGAAGUUCUAUCCCAUCCAUGGAUUCGUGAUCAUAGAGUAGCUCCUGAUCGCCCACUUGAUCCAGCUGUCUUAUCUCGCAUUAAGCAAUUCUCUGCAAUGAAUAAGUUGAAGAAAAUGGCUUUGCGAGUAAUAGCUGAGAGCCUCUCAGAGGAGGAAAUUGCAGGUUUGAAGGAAAUGUUCCAGACCAUGGACACUGACAACAGUGGUGCAAUUACAUUUGAUGAGCUAAAAGAAGGAUUGAGAAGAUAUGGCUCCACACUAAAGGAUACUGAGAUUCGUGAUCUUAUGGAAGCAGCUGAUAUCGACAACAGUGGGACAAUUGAUUAUAUAGAAUUCAUUGCUGCAACGUUGCAUCUCAAUAAACUGGAGCGUGAGGAACAUCUGGUGGCAGCCUUUUCAUAUUUCGACAAAGAUGGUAGUGGUUACAUCACAGUGGAUGAACUGCAGCAAGCUUGCAAAGAGCAUAACAUGUCAGAUGCUUUUCUUGACGAUGUCAUUAACGAAGUUGAUCAGGACAAUGACGGCCGCAUUGACUAUGGAGAGUUUGUUGCCAUGAUGACCAAGGGCAAUAUGGGAGUCGGUCGAAGAACAAUGAGAAACAGCUUGAAUAUCAGCAUGAGGGACGCACCUGGUGCACUCUAGACUUACACCAUGUACAGCUUGUGGCUUAGCUUCUUCGUGUCUUUCUGCCCUACGAAUCCUUCUGCAAUUUUUUAAUGUUGUGAAGUGUCUGUGUGGAUGUGUGUUUCUGGGGAUUCUGAUUCAACUCCUGUGAUUGAUUCGAUGAACUGCGUAACAAGAUGUCCAUGUUGAGCACGAAGCUGGAUCGUAAAUGAUCUCACACGGUGCUGCUGCUUAACUCUGGAAAAUGCAAAUGUUCAGUGAAGUAGCUCGUCAUGUGUAUACGAGAAAUCUAGUUGAAAUGUAUUUUAGUUUGCAUAUGAUGAGUUAUUGAUAACGUUGGUUUGAAAUAAUUUUAGUUGGUAUGAGCUUGUUUGGGUGUGAUCUUAUUUAUGGCUAAUCAAAGUUUGAAUUGA